AUGGUCGAUGACAUCAAGAAGAAAAAGCUAACUAGCCGUGAUGACUUGGGCCUGCCCCUGCCCCCAACGGAUCUGAAGCUGAAAGCCAUUGCCAAAAUCCAGCGCAGCAAUGCAGCACAAGCGUCGAAGCAAGAAGCAGCGAAGGCCGAGAAGGAAGACAAACCGAAAGCCCCUCCUGCUGCCAACAAACGGCGGGGACGAGGGGGUGUCACCGAGGAAGUGGAUGUGGACCUCGGGAAUGUUGAUGUCGAGUUCUUGAACUACAAGGGUCUCGUCAUGACAAAGAAGCAGAAAGCAGCUUUCGCAGCGCGAGCCGCGAAAGCCAAGAAGAAACAAGACCGUCGCUAG